AUGGCACACUUUAUUUCCUACUUGAUGAGCUGUUUGCUGCUUACCUCCACCUUGAACUGGCGCACAUCCACCUCACUGCCUGUGCGCAACCUGAGCGCGCAAGAGUGCGCAACCUGCUCCACGCUCUUCCGAAGACUCCUGGUCAACAUCACAGGGCUUCUCAGUAGUGAUGUUUUGUGUUACGGCGUCGCAUCUGAACGAGUUACGAUGAGCGGCUCAGCUGACACGUUACGCGCAUGCGCGCCCGUGAUGCAACAGAAUUCAGGCUGCAUGGUGCAGAGAAAUUCCUCCUUCAGUGAGGGUGAGUGUCUGAUGAACAUCAUGAGGGACGUGCUCCACUACCAUUCUGUCAUUCAGUCCUACCUCAAGUCUGCACUCAGAAGCCCUGAAGAAGAAAGUGCGCUUUUGCGCCCGACGUUGGAACUCAUCCAGAACCUAAAGAAGAACUGUUCCCUCAUCUCCAAUGGAGGAGAAGACUUGGCGGAGGAGAACGCGUCCCCAAGGUGGGGAGACAACACCUUCACCAACAGACUGGAGAUGUGCAAGAUGAUGAGAGGCUUCUACGUCCGAGCCAUCACCAUCAACAGAGCCAUGGGCUACAUCUCCUCAGGAGACCAUAGGAAGUAAACCAUCCCGCUCAGCGGCGCCGCCUUUUCCUAUACGCAUAUCCACAGCACAACGUGGAAGAACAAAAACGGCAAAAACAUCCCAAAUUAAAAGACUAGUUUACUUAAAGCACAUUCAUUUCAUGUUGUUUGAUCUGAUGCUGAGUGAUGACAAA